CGAGAUUUGUAAUGGAGGGUUAACGCUAAACGCACAAUUCCCGAUUAAAAAUGGCGGAAAGAAGAUUCGAAAAGCCAGAGCAAGCUUCUGCGUACGCAAAGUUUCGUCCUUCUCCUCCUCAAUUCAUCACUGAUAAAAUACUGAAAUAUUUAGAAGAGAAGAUUAAUCCUCCUUAUGAACAUGUAUUGGAUGUGGGAUGUGGAACGGGGCAGAGUUCUGUCAUAUGGAAACCAUAUUUUCGUAACAUUACCGGAUGUGACAUCAGUUCCGCUCAAAUUGAAGAAGCCAGAAAGAAGAGUUCGUUUGAAAAUGUGAAUUUCGUUAUUUGUCCUUCGGAAAAAAUUCCUCUUCCCGAUAAUUCAGUUCAGAUGAUAUCUGCAGUUGCAGCUCUCCAUUGGUUCGAUAUAGAAGAAUUUUUCAAAGAAGCAAAGAGAUUGUUGAUCAAAAAUGGUGUUUUAGCCGUUCAGGGUUAUAAUAGAGUUAGGGUGAAAUUCGAUACAGAUGAAAAAACUUCUUUAGGAAAUGCUGUCCUGAAAGAGUUAGUGUAUGAUAACUUACACGGACAUUGGUCGAAAAAAGUUGUAAAUUCCAGUAAUGAAUUUUCUUCUAUCGAUUUUCCGUUUUGUGAUGUUGUCAGGCAUACCGGAAUAAAAGAUAGUAUUGAAGUAACGGUAGAUUAUGCCAUCGGUUUCUUUUUCUCUUACUCUUCCUAUCAAACUUUGAAAGAACUUCAACCAGAAAAAGCCGAAUCUGUAUUGAAACAAUUACAAGAAAGACUUUUGGAAUUGGCUGGAGGAGAAAAUGGAAAAUUUAGACUGGAGCGGGAUUAUCAGAGUGCCAUUUGGGACGAGGAGGGUGUAUGCGCCCUCCUGAUCAAGGCUUUGAAUGCUGCGACUUUGUAUUGUGAGGGUCACAUGACCCUGCUGGUCUCCUGCGAUGGGGCUGCCCAUUGGGACUCCUCUUUGUUGUUCAUACGUAAUUCCUUUGAACUGGAAGAAGGAGUUGUGACACAGCAGAUGUGCCAAUUCAAGGUUAUGUUGAUGGAAUGUGUUGUCUUUUACGAUGCGUGCGGCGUGGGUAAAUCCUUAAUCAUGGAAAUAAGGUCUACCGGAGUGGUGAUGGAGUAUGGGUAUCCUUCCAGGAGGGGUGUCAGCAUCCGGUGUGCAGCUUUCUCCAGUUUAAUGGUAGGUGCCCUAGCUUUAUCAACUACUGGUCUUAGCUCGCCCCCCCUGUUUAUGGGUUUUUGCGAAAGUGAACAUUCUAGGAGCAUCUGGAGCAUCGGUGGUAAUCUUUUUUAG